CUCAUUUGCAUGCAUAAACUUCAUACCAAUCUCGGAAACCAUAUCUUUGAUUGUAUUAGACAAUCAUUGAUUGUUGAAUACCCAAUACCACCAAUGAUGUUCAUAUUUCCUACCCUUCAAUCCAUGAAGCUUCCAUCAUUUUGGCUUCUUCUGAUUGUAAUGUUGUUUUGUGCAUUCACUAUGGCCACUUCUCGCCAUGCAACUAUACCAUCCUCUGCAUCACUCACAUUACAACAAACUGAAGCAAAUGCUUUGUUGAAGUGGAAAACCAGCCUUGACAACCAAAGUCAGGCUUUGCUAUCUUCAUGGGGUGGCAAUACUCCUUGCAAUUGGCUUGGAAUUGCUUGUGACCACACCAAAUCCGUCUCCAGCAUAAAUCUUACACACGUUGGAUUAAGCGGUAUGCUUCAAACUCUCAAUUUUUCAUCACUUCCAAACAUCCUCACUCUAGAUAUGAGUAAUAACUCCUUGAAAGGAAGUAUUCCUCCCCAAAUUAGGGUGUUGUCAAAACUCACUCAUCUUGAUUUAAGUGACAAUCACUUCUCUGGACAAAUUCCAUCUGAAAUAACUCAGUUGGUCAGUCUUCGUGUUUUAGAUUUGGCACAUAAUGCUUUCAAUGGUUCUAUUCCUCAAGAAAUAGGUGCAUUAAGGAAUUUGAGAGAGCUUAUUAUUGAAUUUGUCAAUCUCACAGGUACUAUCCCAAAUUCUAUUGAAAACCUAUCCUUCUUGUCAUAUCUUUCUCUUUGGAAUUGUAAUCUCACAGGGGCGAUCCCAGUUUCUAUAGGAAAGUUGACCAAUUUGUCAUAUCUAGAUCUUACACACAACAAUUUUUAUGGACAUAUUCCUCGUGAAAUUGGGAAAUUGUCAAACUUAAAGUAUUUUUGGCUUGGAACAAAUAACUUUAAUGGUUCUAUUCCUCAAGAAAUCGGGAAGUUGCAAAACCUAGAGAUUCUACAUGUUCAAGAGAACCAAAUAUUUGGCCACAUUCCUGUGGAAAUUGGGAAGCUAGUCAACUUGACAGAAUUAUGGCUUCAAGACAAUGGUCUUUUUGGUUCCAUUCCUCGGGAAAUUGAGAAGUUACUCAACUUGAACGAUCUACAGCUUUCAAACAAUAAUCUUUCAGGUUCCAUUCCUCAGGAAAUUGGGAAGUUACACAACUUGAACAAUUUAAUUCUUUCAAACAAUAAUCUUUCAGGUCCCAUUCCUCAAGAAAUUGGAAUGAUGACAAAUUUGCUUCAACUUGAUUUGUCCAGUAACUCUUUCUCAGGUACAAUUCCCUCUACAAUUGGAAAUCUGAGAAAUUUAACCCAUUUUUAUGCUUAUGCCAAUCAUCUAUCUGGUUCCAUUCCCAGUGAAGUGGGAAAACUCCAUUCUCUUGUCACAAUCCAAUUGGUAGAUAAUAAUCUCUCUGGGCCAAUCCCAUCUUCCAUAGGUAACUUGGUCAAUUUGGACUCGAUUCGCCUUGAAAAAAACAAACUCUCUGGAUCAAUUCCUUCCACUAUUGGUAACUUGACAAAGCUCACCUCUCUUGUUUUAUUCUCAAAUAAGUUCAGUGGAAACCUUCCAAUAGAAAUGAACAAGCUUACCAACCUGGAAAUUUUGCAAUUAUCUGAUAAUUAUUUCACAGGUCAUUUACCUCACAACAUUUGCUAUAGUGGAAAGUUGACUCGGUUUGCUGCUGAUGUUAACUUUUUCACGGGCCCAGUACCAAAGAGUUUGAAGAACUGCUCCAGCCUUACAAGGGUUAGGCUUGAACAAAACCAGCUGACAGGAAAUAUAACACAUGAUUUUGGUGUUUAUCCGCAUCUGGAUUACAUCAACCUGAGUGAAAAUAAUUUGUAUGGCCAUCUUUCCCAAAACUGGGGAAAGUGCUAUAAUCUCACAAGCCUCAAAAUCUCCAACAAUAAUUUAUCAGGCAGUAUUCCACCAGAGCUAAGUCAGGCAACCAAGUUACAUGUACUUCACCUGUCUUCAAACCAUUUGACAGGAGGCAUUCCAGAAGAUUUUGGUAAUUUGACCUACUUGUUCGAUCUUUCUAUCAAUAACAAUAAUCUUUCUGGAAAUGUCCCUAUACAAAUAGCAUCAUUGCAAGAUCUUGAAACCUUAGACCUUGGAGCAAAUUAUUUUGCUAGCUUAAUUCCAAAUCAACUUGGCAAUUUGGUCAAGUUAUUACAUUUGAAUUUGAGCCAAAAUAAUUUUAGGGAAGGUAUUCCAUCCGAGUUUGGUAAAUUAAAGCAUCUCCAAAGUCUUGAUCUUAGCAGAAACAUUUUGAGUGGAACAAUACCACCAACGCUCGGAGAGUUGAAAAGCUUAGAAACAUUGAAUCUCUCACACAAUAAUCUUUCAGGUGAUCUCUCCAGCCUCGACAAGAUGGUAAGCUUGAUAUCAGUUGAUAUAUCAUAUAACCAAUUAGAGGGUUCACUUCCAAACAUUCAAUUCUUCAAGAAUGCUACAAUUGAAGCGUUGAGAAAUAAUAAAGGCUUGUGUGGCAAUGUCUCUGGCUUGGAACCAUGCCCAAAAUUAGGUGACAAAUAUCAAAACCAUAAGACUAACAAAGUCAUAUUGGUGUUUUUACCCAUUGGUUUGGGCACUUUAAUGCUAGCAUUAUUAGCCUUUGGGGUCUCAUACUAUCUUUGUCAAAGUUCAAAGACAAAAGAAAACCAGGAUGAAGAAUCACCAGUUCGGAAUCUAUUUGCAAUAUGGAGUUUUGAUGGAAAAAUAGUGUAUGAGAACAUAGUUGAAGCCACAGAAGAUUUUGACAACAAACAUCUCAUUGGGGUCGGAGGACAAGGAAGUGUUUACAAAGCAAAAUUGCACACAGGUCAAAUUCUUGCCGUGAAGAAACUCCAUUUAGUCCAAAAUGGGGAAUUGUCCAAUAUUAAAGCUUUCACAAGUGAAAUUCAAGCUUUGAUAAACAUUCGACAUCGUAACAUUGUGAAGUUAUAUGGGUUUUGUUCUCAUUCACAAUCCUCAUUUUUGGUGUAUGAGUUCUUGGAAAAGGGAAGCAUUGAUAAGAUUUUAAAAGAUGAUGAACAAGCAAUAGCAUUUGAUUGGGAUCCCAGGAUUAAUGCCAUUAAAGGUGUAGCAAAUGCUUUAUCUUAUAUGCAUCAUGACUGUUCACCUCCAAUUGUUCAUCGAGAUAUAUCAAGCAAGAAUAUUGUUUUGGAUUUGGAGUAUGUGGCUCAUGUCUCAGAUUUUGGAGCAGCCAGGCUUCUUAAUCCUAAUUCAACCAAUUGGACCUCAUUUGUUGGCACUUUUGGAUAUGCUGCUCCAGAACUUGCAUACACAAUGGAAGUGAACCAAAAAUGCGAUGUGUAUAGCUUUGGGGUAUUAGCAUUGGAAAUACUUCUUGGAGAGCACCCUGGAGAUUUUAUAACUUCGUUGUUGACAUGUUCAUCAAAUGCCAUGGCGUCAACACUUGAUAUUCCUUCAUUGAUGGGUGAGUUAGACCGACGCCUCCCUUAUCCUAUAAAGCAAAUGGCUACAGAGAUAGCUUUGAUUGCAAAGACAACAAUUGCUUGCUUGACUGAAAGCCCUCAUUCUCGUCCCACCAUGGAGCAAGUUGCCAAGGAGCUUGGAAUGUCAAAGUCAUCUUUAGUGUAUUAAUUCCACAAUGUCAUGUAUAUAUAUUCGAAAGAUUGAAUUUACCAAAUAUGCAUGAAUUUUUCUCCCCUUCCUCCUCCAAACAACUUUGUGUUGUAAUAUUUUUUAACCUACUUUUAUAUUGUAAGAUAA